UGAACAUCAGCCACUGUUCGAGCAUAUUAGUGUAGUAUUUGUGUGUUCACAGUACUCAGCUUAAAGUAUCUGACGACGCGUGUAAAAUUCUUGUUUUUCUCGACAACGAUGAUGAUAUUUUUCUAUGAUUACAAUGGAUUGAACGAAAAAUAUCGCUGAAAAUUGUAAAAACCAAACGCGAAAAUUAUUUUAAAAAAAUAAGAGGAAAAAUCGAAAAAUAAUUUGAAAGAAAAUAUCGGUGAAACAAUAGUGAAAAUCUUUGCAUUUUAAAAAAAGAGAAUUCACCCAGAUUGAAGCCGCCGUUACUGGCUCAUUAGCAUUUUGAGCGGCAAUUUUGUGUGUUUUUGUCAACCUUCCAAAGAACCACCCACAACUGUGUCGACUUUUAAAGUCUCUUCACAGCAUCAUUCAAUUGUUAAACGGAAAUUGGAGGUGCAUCAUCAUCAUUCACAUCAUCAUCCAACUGCCUGUAUCCCAUAGGAAAAAUAGCAGCAAUUUUAUAGCCUCCUACCUAUCUAAGGCCCCCUGGAAAUCCUGGAUUAGCAGAUUUGCUGUUGCAUCUUUCAGAUGUGCUUAAUAUUCCUAUAACAGCAAUUCAUAACAAAUGAUUUUUUGAUAUGAAUUCUCGCCUAAUAACCACAUUUUUAAACAUUUCCAGAAAAUACAAGUGAUUUCCCCUCUCAAUUCUUUCCAUCCCAUUGCGUUCUUUUCGAAACUCUAACAAAAUUCAUUUCACACUGCCAUCACCAUGUAUAAGUUAUUGGUCGGCUUAAAAAGCUAUCUCAAAUGGCAGGACAUUCAAACGGACAAUACAAUAUUUCGUUUGCACAACUCCUUUACCACAGUUCUGCUGUUGACCUGCAGUCUAAUUAUCACCGCCACCCAAUAUGUGGGUAAUCCCAUCAGUUGUAUAGUCAAUGGCAUACCAACGCAUGUGGUGAAUACCUUCUGUUGGAUUCAUAGUACAUUUACUAUGCCGGAUGCCUUUCGGAGACAGGUUGGUCGCGAAGUGGCUCAUCCUGGUGUGUCCAACGACUUCGAUGACGAGGAUGCCAAAAAGUAUUACACAUACUACCAAUGGGUUUGUUUUGUGCUCUUCUUUCAGGCCAUUGCAUGCUAUACUCCCAAAUUUCUAUGGGAUAAAUUUGAGGGAGGUCUUAUGCGCAUGAUUGUCAUGGGUCUGAAUAUCACCAUUUGCACGCGAGAGGAAAAGGAGGCGAAACGCGACGCUCUCCUCGACUAUUUGACCAAACAUGUGAAACGCCACAAGAUGUAUGCCAUACGCUAUUGGUUGUGCGAGGCAUUGUGCUUGGUCAACAUCAUAUUGCAAAUGUAUCUGAUGAAUCGUUUCUUCGAUGGCGAAUUUAUGUCCUAUGGUACGCGUAUAAUGCAACUAUCCGAUGUGCCGCAAGAGCAAAGAGUCGAUCCCAUGGUUUAUAUAUUCCCCAGAGUAACAAAAUGUAUAUUCCAUAAGUAUGGUGCUUCAGGAUCACUGCAGAAGCAUGAUUCGCUAUGCAUAUUGCCGCUGAACAUUGUCAAUGAGAAGACCUAUGUUUUCAUAUGGUUCUGGUAUAUGAUAUUGCUGGCCCUAUUGAUUGGUUUGAUAACAUUCCGUGCCUUUAUGCUUCUUAUGCCCAAGUUCCGUCCACGCUUAUUACAUGCCCGCAAUCGCAUGAUUAGCUUGGAAACCUGCCGCACCCUCUCCCAGAAGCUGGACAUUGGCGAUUGGUGGCUCAUCUAUAUGUUGGGUCGCAAUUUGGAUCCCGCCAUUUACAAGGAAGUCAUGACAGAGUUCUCUAAAGAAAUCGAUCCUUCAAGAUACAAUAGAGCCAAGUGAUUUUCAGCAGCGCACAUGCGUAACCAACCUGCCCAACUUUGAUGACUCCAACCCACUGAACCAGAAACAACGACGACCUUUAAUAAGAGGAAAUUCUAAUUAAAUGGAGAGAAAAAAGCAAAAUACAAAAUAUCUUUGCAUGAGUGUAGUUCUGUGAUUAAGUUAAUUAAUUAUUCUCCUUUGUAUUUGUCUUUGUUUCCUUUCCCCUCAUACCCACUUGUUGAGGUAGAUAAGAUUUUUUGUUCUUCCCUUUUUAGGUGAGUUUAAGAAUACGAAAACCUUAAUACUCAAGCAGCUCUCUCUUCUUUUU